GAACUCCUACAAAAUUUAAUUAAAGGUAAUUAAUUAAUUAUAGGCCACUGAAUUUCCAAUUACCUCGGCUGAAAAGCGCACCGUCGAAUUUCCGACGAAACUGGAAGUAUAAAACUCUCAUCUUCUCUUUCUCUUCCCAAACUUUCGCUAUCCAACAAACUGACUGCUAAUUUUCAAUACUAAAAAUUUGAACAUUGAACUUUCUUUUUCUGUUUGUACGGAUGAGAAAUGAAGAAGGCUCAAAACGUUGGAUUAAAUGCCAAAAAAUGUAGCAUUAUUAACAAUAAAAAACCCCAAGAUCCUGCCAACAACAACGACAAGAUCAACAAUGGCGAAAAUACCAACAGGAACAGCAGCAACAACAACAACAGCUUCUAUGAACUGUGUGUUUCCUUGAUUUGGUGCUUCGUUUUCUUGUUUUAUUGUGAAGUUUGUCUCAGCGAUGGACAUGGAGAGACUCAUCACUACUCUAAUUAUAAAAGCAUGUCCUCUGAGGCUAAGCUUGUUGGCAAUGGAAAUUCCGGUUUCCAUAACAUCAGUGUUGGCAACUCCACAGACAGCCUGUUGUUAGAGGUUAAUAUAUCAAUAAACGUUAACAUUUCUGCCAUUCAAGGGCUAGGUUCUUCAAACUCUAAUUUCUCGCUUCCUAGGCAUCAAGGGUUGGAAGAACUGGUUUUUAACAUAUUAAGUUUAGGAUACAACAACUUAGUUUGUGAAAUUCCUUGUCGGAUUCCUCAAAGAAUGAACAAAUUAGAGGACCACCAACAUGGAAGGGGUCUAGAUUCCACUUAUUUGAAGCUCGAUGAGUCCCGAAGUACAACAAUAUCAGGAAACGGGGUGGUCGAACAAGUAAAUAUUACCCAUCGACUUGAACCUGAUGGAACGGCUUACAAUUUCGCCUCUGCGGCUAAAGGUGCAAAAGUUGUUGCUCAUAAUAAGGAGGCAAAAGGAGCAAAUAACAUUUUGGGGAAGGAUCAUGAUAAGUAUCUUAGAAACCCUUGUUCUGUAUCAGAUAAGUUUGUGGUAGUUGAACUUGCGGAAGAAACUUUGGUUGACUCUGUAAAGAUAGCAAACUUUGAGCACUACUCCUCAAACUUCAAGGAGUUUGAGUUGCAGGGAAGUUUGAGUUACCCUACUGAUGCAUGGUCCUUUAUGGGGAAAUUUGUUGCUGCCAAUGUUAAGCAUGCUCAGACCUUUGUUCUGCCCGAACCCAAAUGGGUAACUUAUUUGAACCUAAGUUUGGUUAGUCACUAUGGAUCAGAACAUUAUUGUACAUUGAGUGUUUUGGAAGUUUACGGUGUUGAUGCUAUUGAGAGGAUGCUUGAAGAUCUAAUGGUUACCUCUAGCAGAUCUACUACUAAUGAACAACCAUCAAAGAUUAAUUCAACAGAAGUUUCAUCAGUAAAACCUCAAGAUGUUACAGGAAAUGGGAAAAAUGGUAAUGAAGUUGUUAAUGGAAAUGAUUCUUCUGUUAAAGGAAUAGGAAUGAAUGACGAGCAAAAGACCGGCUCCUCAGGGAAGGUUCCUGAACCAGUGGUGGGAAAGCCAAAUAGCAGAAUUCCGGGAGAUUCUGUUCUGAAGAUCUUGAUGCAGAAGGUGAGGUCAGUGGAGGUGAACCUAUCUGUUUUGGAUGAAUAUCUCCAGGAACUACAUAAAAAACAAGGUGAUAUUGUUCCUGAAAUCCACAAAGAAAUAUCAAAAGUUACUUCGCUCCUGGACAGUGAAAGAAAAGAAAUCAAUGAACUAAUUCAGUGGAAGGAAGAAACGGAUAAGCAAAUCGAAGAUAUCGAGUUAUGGAAGGCUGUCUUCUCAACGCAAGUUGAUGAGUUGGUCAGUGAAAAUAGGAUCCUCAGAUCUCUUGUCGAAAAUAUAGAGAAUGACCAGAAAAGUCUACAUAACAAGGAGCUUUCUGUUUUAUUAGUGAGCUUCUUCUUCUUGUGCAUAGCAUUCCUGAAGUUGGUCUCCAAGCGGGUUUUGCUCUCUUUUGGAGCUUCUCAAGGCAAUAAUAAUGUCUCUAGAACAAAUAGAGGCUGGUUGUUAAUACUCCUAAGCAGUGGCAUCACGAUGUUAAUAACUUUGAUCUAGUGAACCGCCUCUAUUUACCCUCGCUGAAGACAAUACAUUGUAGCUAAGGAUCGAGGCGAGUUAGUUGUUGUGAGAAAGCUAUACAGUCAAGUCAUACUGCUUCCUGCCCUUUUUAGUCGGGGCAGAGAUGUAUUAGGUAGAACCAGCAUAAAACUUAUGUAGGAGUAAUUCAUGUGGAUUACAUAUGGUUCUUGUAACAAUAAACCAUCCAUAUUCCAUUUCAUCAUCUCCACUUGAUAGUUGGUAGGUUAAGACAUGGUUGUUACAGGCUGCGAAAAUAGGAUUAGGUAGACUGCCAUUAUAUUUGUAGUAUUUAGCUAAAAUUAGGGUUCAGUUAUACACUUUUGGUUGGAACGAGAAUAUUUUUUCUUCUUAUACAUUAAUACAAGUGCUAUCAUGCAAUAGUAAA